CAGACACGUACGAGAGAGCAGCGCGCAUGCGCAGAGGAGAAGCCGGCUCCGGAGCUGCUGCUUGGAUACGUGAAGGGCCUUCUGGGGCCCCGGCGGGUACAGACAGAGCGCCGGUCCACCCGUUGAAGAAUGAAAUACUCUUAGUUGGUGGUGCCAACUGAAUAAUGAAUUCCUCUAAAUUAUGGUUAUCGGGGUGCUCUUUCCUAAGACAGAAAUGAUAGAUCUGGGGUAACACCAUGGAAAAGGCAGUAAAUUCAUCAGAAACCUCACCUUCUAAAUCAUCUCAGGUUUCAAGUAGGAAAGAGACUGAAUCAACCAAAGAUGCAGACUCCAGUAAAACGCAGAAGGGAAAAAGAGUUGGCUUCGUAUUGGUGCAUGCAGGUGCUGGCUAUCAUUCAGAAUCAAAAGCGAAGGAGUACAAGCAUGUCUGUAAACGAGCAUGUAAAAAGGCAAUUGAAAAGUUACAAGCUGGUGAUCUUGCGACAGAUGCUGUCACAGCAGCGCUCGUGGAGUUGGAGGACUCUCCGUUUACAAAUGCAGGAAUGGGGUCGAACUUGAAUCUCCUGGGAGAGGUAGAAUGUGAUGCCAGUAUAAUGGAUGGGAAAUCUCUGAGUUUUGGAGCGGUUGGAUCUUUGAGUGGUAUAAAAAAUCCAGUGUUGGCAGCAAACAAGUUACUGUUUGAGGGACAGAAGGGAAAACUCUCAGCUGGCAGGAUUCCACCUUGUUUUUUAGUUGGAGAUGGUGCUUUCAAGUGGUCUGUUGAUCAUGGGAUUCCAACGUGUCCUAGAGACAUAAUGGCUACAAAAUUAAGUUUAGCUGCCUUCAAGCGCAACAAAAGAAAACUGGAGCUGGCUGAAAAGGUGGAAACAGAUUUUAUUCAGAUUAAAAAGAGAAGACAAUCAAGUGAAAAGGAGAAUGACUCAGGAACUCUGGACACUGUUGGAGCAAUAGUUGUUGACCAAGAUGGAAACGUAGCUGCUGCUGUCUCCAGUGGUGGACUAGCCAUGAAACAUCCUGGAAGAGUUGGCCAGGCCGCUCUGUAUGGAUGUGGCUGCUGGGCUGAAAACACUGGAGUUCACAACCCAUAUUCUACAGCUGUGAGUACUUCAGGUCCGACUGUCUGGGCAUCCAGGGGCAUCAAAACGCUUGGACAGAUAUGUCCUGAUGGCUGUGGAGAGCACCUUGUCAGGACUAUACUUGCCAGGGAGUGUUCCCUUGCACUACAGGCAGAAGAUGCACAUCAAGCUUUGCUAGAGUCUAUGCAAAACAAAUUUAUUGGCUCCCCAUUUUUGGCUAAUGAAGACAGCAUCCUAGGUGGCGUAAUUGUGCUUCGGUCAUGCAGGUGUUCCUCAAAAAUAGACUCCACAGGGGAUAAACAGGCUCUGCUGGUGGAGUUCCUGUGGAGUCAUACAACAGAGAGUAUGUGUGUUGGAUAUAUGUCUGCUCAGGAUGGCAAAGCUAAGACACACAUUUCCCGGCUUCCUCCAGGUGCGGUUGCUGGCCAGUCUGUAGCCAUUGAAGGUGGAGUAUGCAGGCUGGAAAGCUCUCUUAUCUGAACUACAUGCUUCCCUGGCUGAAGACUCCAUAACAUUUUAGAUGGGGGUGGUGAGUUAAAUUAGUUGAGGUCCUUGGCCCUGUUCCAGUGAUGCAUCUUUUUGAAUAGCUUGCGCUGUGCAUCUUCUCUUCCUCCUCUCCUGCUGUUUGUGCUUGUGUUAGGAAACUCUCAGAAUACUUUUGUAAUAUUCUGCUGACCCACAGCUCUGGCAGUUGGCUGCAGGGAAACCAGAAGUAGGUUCUUAGUGGAGGAUUUAUAAGAUGGUAGCAAGCUCCACCCGCUUCAUAAAAAAUCUGAUGGAGUUUUUCAUUUAAACAUCUUAUUCUUCGACUCAUUCAUCCAACAUUCAACUCCGUUACAACAAUUCUCCAAAACGUUUCUGGUCCUCUUGACAUUUUACGAAUGCACUGUAUUUUCUGAACAGCAUGCAGCUGUGUAACCUGAAGUCUCCUAUUGUGCCACUGUGUUGGCUUCUCCCUAAUAUGUCCGCUUACAUUAGACUGCAUUAAAACGUCAGUAGUUAUUGGACUUAGUGUGCACUUCUUUACCUUAAAGAUUUGUUAUUUUGCUUCUAAGGUAUAGAGGCUUACAUAUUUUGAUAGUAUAUGUUAUCAAUGAUAUUUUUUUUCAGUAAUAGAAUAUUUCCUUUUACUUCCAUUAAUCCUAUGACUGUCAUGUAGAUACAUGUAAAGAAUGUGCAUACAGUGAAGGGGAAAGGUUUAAUAAAAUGUAUAAGUAUAUAUCUAUUUUUUUUUUGUUUUUUUACGUUUCUUGGCUGGUACAUAUAAAGAAGGCCUUCAUCAAAUAAAGACUGGUAGUUUAGUCUUGGGGGGGUGAUGAUGGACUGGCCUGUGUUUGUGUGUAAAUUGCUGCCCUUGCUCUGAAGAUCCAGCACUUAACAGUUUAGCGGCCUGGGUCUAAUAUGGCACAAUUCCUGGGAUCAAUAGAUUGCCACUGGUUUUAUUUCUUUAUCGCUCUUAUUGUAGCCUUAUAACUGUGAAAAUGGGUAAGUAGAAUAAUCAAUAGACGGCUCUAUUUCUCAGUGAAUACUGAGACACUUUAAGGAUUUAUAUGCCAGUUAUGUAAUCAUUAAAUACAUGGCAGUUGAUAGUAUGUAUCAGGUUAUUGUAAGACAUUUCUCGUCCUACUUUUCCCUACUAAAAUUAUAUGGAAAUUGUGAACUCUUUUUCUGAAAAUGCUAGUUGCUUAGCUGUCAUGCUUGUCUAUUGUCUUUUAUGCUUUGCAUCACCAAUCCAGGACAAGUGUGUAUAUCAAUAGUUCAGACUUUCUAGUUUGCAUUCUUUGUUCCAAGACAAACAUAUUAAAGUCAGCAAUGCCAGUGCCCAAGUGCCCAAUUUUCCGUUAACAUAAAAGAAGCUUAGGCUCCUUUCACACUGACAGGGUCCGCCAGUAGAUCCACCUGCUCAGCAGGGAAUCUCUCCACUGAUCCCCACUGAGUAUGCAGCUGACAGGUCUCUGUACACGCCACUGUUGCAGAGCGGACAAGGACAUAGCCCGCUGUCCUUUAAUGGGCUGUUGGAUGAAAAGGGACAGUCUGUCAGUUUCCAUCCGACUGUCAUCAGAUCCGCCGGACGGAUGGGGGCAUGGAUCCCCGUGCGUCUGUUUUUAUUGCACAGGAUUGGAUCGGAUGUCAGCACGUGCCAAUGGAAAUAUGCCUGUUGACAUCUGACGCUUCAUAAGAGCUAUGAAUGGUCCGAUCGGGUCCUGAAAAACGUUGGCGUAAAGUUGCAGUUGUAGCAAAAUUGGUAAGGGGAGUAACACCCUGCAAGAAUUCUGUGGAAUGGGUUUUGGGAGCUGGAUUAUCGUACUGGACAUGCAGGAGAGUAUCAUUUACCCACAAACCUGUCCUCCAUAUCCUCCAUCCAAGCAGACUUUUUUUUUUUUGCAGAUCUCAUUUUAAUUUAGAACAAGUAGGUAGCUAUGGGUUUGCAUUUUUAGAAUCUUUCUCUACAUUUUUUUUUAGCAAUUAAAGCUGACUACAGCCACUUUUUUUUUCCUUGUUUUGGUUUGUGUGUAGUCCGGUCCCCUGCCAAGUCUGCACUGGUGUCUUGAGCCCAGGUAGGGAGAUCUGUCCCUCUAAGUCUGUCUGACAGGCAGGGAGAUCUGUCCCUCAGUCUGUCUGACAGCUAAGGUUCACCUUUAAAAGUAAAAUCCUGGUUCCCCUCUCUGAGCUGCAUUCUUCUUGCACCUCUUUGGAGAAGCCACUAGGCAGGGGGCAAUAUGAAGAGCCAUAGAUAUAAUUCAGUACAUUAUAAUGGUAGCCCACUAGCAGAUUCUCUCUAUAUAGAAAAAUUAUACUCCUGAGGAGUGAACCGGGAAGUUUAAUUUCCAGCCAAGUCACAGAUGGACUUGACAUUACAGGGAUCUUCCAGCAAGAGUCACGAGUAGAGACUUGACAGCAGCUAAUGACAAAAGGGUUUUGAGUGGGGUUCUUCUUUUAACGUAGCAACCUAAAUGUGUUUUACUUGAAGUGAAAUAUAAUUGUGGUAUGCAGAUAUGUUUAACUCGUAUACAAAAGGAUGUGAAUUGUGCACAGUAUUUUCAUAAUUUAAAACUUUAGUUAAGUCAUUUAUGAAAUGUGUUCAAAUCGACAGUAUAUUUUAGAUGGGCUUCCAGGCAAACCAGUGAAUUUAUAGAGGAUGUUUGCUAGUAAAUCUGCUAAAUAUUUCGAUUUGUCCAUAAAUAUUUUCUGUAAACAAAAAAAAAACUCAAAGUACUGUAGUAAGCGUGGACAAAAUAAAAUAAAGGCUAUGUACUGUAAACUGAAUAUAAACUGCUCCUUUUCCUUGUUUAAAUAUUUUUUCUAAGAUGGCAAAUACAAUUACAAAUAAAGUAAUCUAUUAAUAAACA